UCCCUUCGUCCUGCUCUGUCGCUCUCUACCUUCUCACUCCAGGACCGUCCUCGCGUUUAGUCGGUCACCCCCGUCGCUGUCACCAUGACGCCUACCCCGCCGCUGUUCAUGCUGCUGCUGCUCGGGCUAAUGGGAGCUCAAGCCACCGUAGACCUCCGCAACGCCGCCGCCAUGGCGGCAGGUUUGUGCAAAACCCGUCCCACAGACAUCGUGUUCAUCGUCGACAGCAGUCGCAGCGUUCGCCCUGCAGAGUUCGAGCAGGUCAAGGUCUUCCUGGCCAAGGUCAUUGAGGGCCUGGAUGUCGGACCCAACGCCACCCGUGUGGGAGUUGUCAACUACGCCAGCCGGGUCAAGAACGAGCUCAUCAGUGAAAGUUUGAACCGCGUCACGGUGACGUAG